CGAUUGAACGGAAUAUUUCGUUUCCUCAUUUUUUUAUUUUGUUGCCUCUUCUGCAACGCGAUCCCGCCAAAGACACUCUUUACUUUCUCCCUCACGAAAAUUCUCAAAUCGUCGUUCUCUCUUGAUUCACCGAUUUCGUUCGCCGGAAAAUUGCAAUUUAGCAUCAGAAUCGUCGAGCCAUUUUGUAUUAUGAAAGUCCAUUGAAGUAACAAGUAACGAGAGCUGCGAGGUUGAGAUUUUACGAUGCUUUGUGUUUCGUUACGAAAUCGAAUACAUAAUUGGCUUCGCGACUACGUUAGGCUCCAAUCUGUCGUUUUGAUUCUUAUCUAUGCUCAGAUAGGGUGCGCGUUGAUCGGUUCACUAGGGGCAUUGUACAAUGGAGUCGUGCUGAUAAAUUUGGCGAUUGCGUUAUUUGGGUUAGUAGCAAUCGAGAGUAAUAGCCAAAGUCUUGGCAGAACCUAUGCGGUUCUUCUUUUCUGCGCCAUUCUUCUUGAUGUCUCAUGGUUCAUUCUCUUCUCCAAAGAGAUUUGGAACAUUUCAUCUGAUAUGUAUCAAGUCUUUUACAUCUUCUCUGUGAAACUCACCCUGGCUAUGGAAAUUGCUGGGUUCGUUGUGAGGCUAUCGUCCUCUCUGUUAUGGUUUCAGAUCUAUAGGCUGGGAGCUUCUAUUAUAGACUCUCCAUUUCCCCGUCAAUCAGAUUCAGAUUUACGGAAUAGCUUCUUAGAACCUCCUCUUUUAGCUAGGCAACGUUCACGUGAUCCAGAAUUACGAAAUAGCUUCUUACAGGCUCCUGCUAUAGCUAAGCAACGUUCACGUUCUGACGAAAUCUUGGAAGAUUCUAUUGACGAACCUGCCUCCUACACUCCUCUGUUAGAUGGCGGCCUAAGCAAUAUCACUUUGCCCAAUGCAACACAGGUCUUUUUAUUUCUACCUAUUCUUCUCUUAAGUUGUUUGUGUACUCAUUGUAGUUGAGGUUUUUAUACUUGGUUUGUCUAUGGUUUUACCAAUUGGGUUUCCAGAUGCUUCUUUUCGGACCUUUCUUUUGAAACUGUAUGCAAUAUAGUGAGAAUUGGAUUGAACUAUCUAGAUCACCCAACCAUGCUUUUUAGCUCUUUGCCACUCUAGGUUAGGUGAAACUUGUUUCUCACUAACAAACAAAGGCCACAUAGUAUUGAUAUUACAUCAUAGUAUGCUGCUUUUCUUGUCUCAGUACUCCUCUAAAACUUACACAGACAUAGCAAGUGGGUUUUCAACCUUUUGUAGGUGAUUAAGCACCAUUCAGCUGGAGACAUUUACAAAGGAUCCCAAUCAUCUGCUGCAGAAGCCUCUCGAAAGAAGUCUCCUCUAUCCAGAUCCUUAGAAGCACUUCAUUCUAGUCUCUGUUGAUAGAACAUCUAAUGAUUGUGGACGGUACUAUACUAUACCUUGCUUUUGGUUAGGUUAACUUUCACACUUGACCUUUUUAUAGACAUAGAAAGAACACUUGUUGCUUUGGUAUAUCCUUGGACUCAGUAAAUUGCAUGUGUUUGUCAAUCUACAUUACUACUUGCAGCACUGCUCUCAGCUUUUAUCAUUUUUGCCUGGCAGUUUCCAACUCACUUUUGCAGGAAGAUAGCUUUUGUCACGAGCAACUUCAUUCAACAAUUCUAAGGCCAUUCUUUGUUUUCAAUUUGAAGAAUCCAGAUCCGAGAUUUACAUAGUGGAUAACAAGCAAGAACAAUGCCUUUAUCAUCAUUCAUUUUACUCGGAACUGUAUAGAAUUGGGGUUAUUUGGACUACGAAUGUACAUUAGCAUUCUUUUCUGUACAUGAAAAAUAGGUGAAUCGGAGGGUUAGUAUAAACUUCAAAGAUAGUUUUUUCAUCCAAAAUGUUUGGUAAACAGUGAAGUUUUUAUUGCAGAUUUUUAAAGUAGCAACAUGAUUUGCCUAUGGGGAAAUAUUCUUUGUAAUAUCCGUAAGAGAAUAGAAGAAACAGAUAUAAACAUAAUGUUAUCAUUUUAUAAGAUCUAAUGACAACUUGAGGAGACUAACUUGGUGCCAGAUUCCAGCC